AUGGCACAGCUGAGCCCUUCUCAGGCCAUUGGAGCCUCUAUUCCCAAUAAUACCGCCCAUGCGAUUUCCGUAACCUUACCUACUUGGGAAGCCACGGUGGGGUACGAAGAAGGUGAAGAUUGGGUGGUUAGUAAAAUGAAAUCUGGAUACCCCAGAUUCUUCAUCCAUGGUAUCAUCAAAGAAUUGGAGACCAAGAUCGAGGAAAAGUACUCGCGGAACGGCGAGCGGUGCAUGAUUUUCCCCUCGUACAAUGCUGCUAAGAGGUGUAGAGAGUUCAUCAAAGCCAAAUCAGAAAACCCUCAGUUGGCCAGAAGAGUUUUGCAGUUGAGCACACCUCCUCCAGCUACAGACUUCGAAAAGUCAUCAAGAAUCGAGCUGACUGUUGGAAUCGUGUUUUUCCCUGCAAAUGAGUUCCCGUUGGCUAAGCAGUACUGGCAACAUUCUGGAGAAGGUAUUUCGUCCCGAAUGGCAGAGUAUGUUUUGAAGGAGUUGUUUGAGGUGAAAGACCAGAGCCGGUUGCUUGGACGCAGUAAGCAGGAGCUCCAAGCCCAGUCCAUUCAGAGAAAAUCCCCAUCAAUAUCUGCUUCCAUGAGAGCAAGUUCUAUGUCGCACAACGAAGAGGUGGAUAGAGAUUUCAACACCUUCAUUGAGCAAAAAUAUGGUCGUGUUUUGGACUUAAAGUUUGCAGAGGAGGCCAAGGUGGCCUUGCGUAGACGGAUCAGUGGAGAAGCUGAGAAGAGUGAGAAGGUUACGGGGAAUUCUGAGGACUCCAAGAGAGGCAUUGUGCUCAGAGAGUCCGAGGUUUACUUAUAUCCUACGGGAAUGGCAUCCAUUUUCCAUGCGCAUCAAGCACUUCUCGGGACAGUGGAGAAUCCGUUAAAGUCCGUUUGUUUUGGCUUCCCCUAUGUUGAUACGUUGAACAUCCUUAGAAAGUUUGGUCCGGGGUGCGUCUUCUACGGAUUUGGAGACGAUGAGUCGCUCGAUCAAAUGGAGAAGGCGUUGGAAAGCGGAGAAAUCGAGAUCAUGGGCUUAUUCUGCGAGUGUCCAUCCAAUCCAUUGUUGAAGACUCCUAACUUGAAGAGAAUCAGAGAAUUGGCUAACAAGCACAAGUUCGCCGUGGUCGUGGACGAGACAGUCGGAAAUCUCUUGAACAUCUCGGUGAUGCAAUACGCAGACAUGGUUGUCUCGUCUUUGACAAAGGUGUUUUCUGGAGACUCCAAUGUGAUGGGUGGAUCGUUGAUUUUGAACCCAUUGACCCCCAUGUACACACUGUUGAAGAAAUAUUUUGACGAAAAUUAUGAGGAUACCUACUGGGCUGAGGAUGCGUUGUACCUUGAGAGAAACUCCAGAGACUUUGUGGACCGCUCCAAAAGAAUUAACGAGAACGCCAUCAAAGUUGUGGAUUUGUUGGUUUCUAGUCCUCUCAUCUCGGAGGUGUAUUACCCUAGUCUCGUGGAGAGCAAGAAGUACUAUGAUGCAGUUAAGACUCCGGACGGAGGCUACGGAGGGUUGAUUUCAUUCUUGCUCAAGAAACCACAGGAUGCCAUCACCUUCUUCAAUGCCAUUAACUUGCAUAAGGGCCCUUCAUUGGGAACAAACUUCACUUUGGCAUGUCCAUACACCAUUCUUGCCCACUAUCAGGAAUUAGAUGAGGUGGAGAAGUGGGGAGUAGACAGAAACUUGAUUAGAAUCAGUGUGGGUCUUGAAGACCUGGACGAAUUGCUUGAAGUUUUGCAGAGCAGCCUUGAUGCCUGCAAAUGA